AUGGGCAUGGUGGAAUGGAGAUGGGAAAGACGAGUGUUAUUGGGUUGUGUCAUGGCAUUCAUGCUAGUUUUGCACCAGACCGCCGCUUUCCCACCAUCUGGCGAUUGGAAAUGGAAAUCCAUGGCCAAGAAAUCCCAAGGCUGGGAAGAGCUGGAAGGAAUCAUCCUAUACACAUCCCUUGGAUUUAUGCUGUGGACGUACGGAGAUCCACUGGACAUCCACAUGAAACAUGCAACAGAUGCCAUCAUGCAACGCCUACUGGACAUUUGCUAG